UCGCAGAAGAGGAGGUGGAUGAUGAACUUUCAGCGCUGAUCUUCUGCUGAGGAAACAAGGACCUCCUAUGUAUCUGAGAGAUAAUCGGACCCGGAGUCGGCUGAGUUCAUCAGGACUGUAAACUGUGAGUCUCCUGGAGGAUCUGCUGCGUCUCUCUCACCAUGACGGUCCGUCUCUCCCGGAUCCAGCUCGCCCUCUUCUUUAUCCUGCUCUGUCCGGUCAACAUUAUCGGACUCUGGUGGUGAGUUUUCCGCUUAUUUCACCACGUGUCUGCUGUUUGUCCAUCUGCUGUGUGAGUUAUUCUCAGUAGGUUCAGCUGGCUGGUUUCUGAGGACGUCGUUUUUAUUCAUCUAUAUUUAUCCUCAGGACUCAGCUCACCGGCUUUUCACCUAAAUACCCAGAAUAGCCGGACUGUGUGGACCAAAGUUAGAGGAGAUUAUCAAAAAUCAGAGUGUGUGAAGAUUAUCUGAAACCACGAAGGAAGCAGAUUAAACAGCAGCUGAAGUAGGAGAGAUGAAGACAGUGACUUGUUUUAACAAAAGGAACAUCUCAGUCAGUCACUGUUGUUGUAGAUUCAUCUUUACUGAUAGUGACAAAUAUUUCCAGGUCUGAAUAUUUCCAGGUCUGAAUAUUUCCAGGUCUGAAUAUUUCCAGGUCUGAAUAUUUCCAGGUCUGAAUAUUUCCAGGUCUGAAUAUUUCCAGGUCUUAAUAUUUCCAGGUCUGAAUAUUUCCAGGUCUUAUUGUUGCUCAGGUGGGAGAUGUGGGUCCCUGGGGUGAAGGACAAGACAGAGAAACUAGGUGGUGAAAGAGGUGUCUGCUGCUGCACACAGCCUGCAGUGAUACAGAGGAGAGAGAGUGAGGGGUGUGUGUGUGUGUGUGUGUGUGUGUGUGUGUGUGUGUGUGUGGUGGGGGUUUGGAGUCAGGAAUGUCAGGUGGCCCUCUAGGCGCAGUGGAUAUGUCAUCAUAAAACAAUCCAUACAGGCUCAGCUCUGGAGGAGUGUGACAGUCGGACAGACAGACAGACAGACAGACAGACAGACAGACAGACAGACAGCUCCUGUGAGAUCUGCUGAUAACAGACUUUCUAACCAUGUGGGUCUCUCUCUCUCUCUCUCUCUCUCUCUCUCUCUCUCUCUCUCUCUCUCUCUCUCUCUCUCUCUCUCUCUGUGUUUCAUUAGACAACAUUAAAUACUUCUGCUCCUCUUUCCCUCUUCUGAGGAAAACACACACACACACACACACACACACACACACACACACACACACACACACACACACACACUCACAGUUUUGCGUAGCAGCUGUGUGCGUGUGUGUGUGUGUGUGUGUGUGUGUGUGUGUGUGUGUGUGUGUGUGUGUGUGUGUGUGAAGUUUGGAAUUGUUUUUGUCUUGUUUGUUCCUCCUUGUUGAAUCCUCCUCCAGUUCAUUCACAGCCUCGUCAAGGUCAGUGUGUGUCAGUGUGUGUCGUUGUGUAGCAGCGGCUGUGAGAGUCUGUGUGUGUGUGUGUGUGUGUGUGUGCGUGUUAAACAUCCUUCAUGAGGGGGGGGGGCAGUUUCAGAGGACAUGUUGGUCCACAGUUUACAUGAGAUGUUUGUCUGAAUCAACCUGUCCAAGAUCCUGGAGCUGCACAUCCUGUCAGAAGAUCAUCUUUACAUGAUGAAGUCGACAAAUCACGUGUGUGUGUGUGUGUGUGUGUGUGUGUGUGUGUGUGUGUGUGUGUGUGUGUGUGUGUGUGUGUGUGUGUGUGUGUGUGUGUGUGUGUGUGCGCUAACAGCCAUAACAUCCGUUCAGUGAUCUCCUACACCUCCUGUCCAGGUGCUUCUAUAAAUGUGGACAUGCAGAUAUCUUUCUUUAUCUUGGACUCUUGGAUCAGUCACUCUCCUAAACUUCAGUUCUUCCACUUUAAUGUCAGACUCGACCUCUCAGGGUCCCGGACAGUUCUUCUCAAAGCGAGGACAGAGGGUCCGACAGGAGGACAGAUCUGUUUGAUGAGUAAAAAUUCAGCUGCCUAAAACCUGACAGAGAUAAGUGAGGAUCAGCCGGAGGGGUUCUGGUCUGCAGCUGAACUCUGCAGUGACCCUGUUGUUGAAGGAUGGAGGGAAAAACACUGUCCCUGCAGGGGUCCAUCAUGGACACUGUCUUCAAACACUAAAACUGCUAAUAUCUCGUCAGCCACCCUGAGCAGAAGACUUCUGUCACAGUUUUACACAUUAACAGCUGAGCUGGUCCAGAAACUUUGACACCAGAAUCAUCAGAGUGUAGAAACACUGAAGAUCUGUUCAAUAUCUGCGUGACUUCACUCCCGCACGGUAACUUCUCAACUCUGCCAAAGUCCCACCUGAGCAAACAGAAAUGAAAAACAAGCUGGGUGUUAUAAAUCCUGAUUCUCAGAUGUUCUGCAGAAAGAGUUUGAGGAGGGGCUGUGAGCUGAGCUGCUGUUGUUCAGGAUCUCCACCGUGUUCAUCCUCCACAGAGACUUUUUCAGUGAACACCACCUCUCCUCCUCGCUCCUGAUCAGAGACCUGAGCGAACUUUAACCUGCCUCCAUCUUUUCAUCAGGUUUGACUUUCCAGUUUGGAGAAAGGAAAGAGGUGGACGGGAAUAAAACAAACAUGGUGUUUUAUCAUUUAUCUGGCUGAAUGUCUGAGAGGGCAGCACGUGCACGUGGAGCAGCGGCGUGUGUAAGAAAGUAUUCAGAGUCUGUAAUUCUCACGUCAGCGCUCAGACUGGAGGCACACUCACCUGAGAGAGAGACGAUUCAACACAGAGAAAUCAGUGAGUUCCUUCUUAUCCCCACUGACACUCAUUGUCAUCUUCUUUCACUCACUUCUUCAGUGGCCUGCUCACACACACACACACACACACACACACACACACACACACACACAGUGGAGGGUGAAGCCACACCUGCGGUCGGCUCUGCCGUCUGCCAGGACAAUGAUGUCCUCUGUUGAAAACUUCUGGACAGACCAUCAAACAUCUCUGUUUCUCGGCCUCAGCCUCGCUCCUCCACAGCGUCUCUGUCACGGAAGCUCGACUUGAGGCCACAGCUACACUGGCCUGUUGGAAAAACAGACUUAUCUCAGAGAGAGGUGGUUGUUGAAGGAAGAGAGAGCAGCGCAGUGAUAGACGGUGAAGGAGAUGAAAUGCGGUGAGAUAAACGUCCUUUCAGAGCCUCUAAUCAUUUGGCCUGAGAGCAGAGGCUCAGGCGGAGGACGGAGGAAUGCGUUUGCUCUCUUACGCUGGUUCUGGUCGGGACAGCUUUGCCUCGUGUUUCCUGGGUCAGUGUGUGUGUGUUUCAGCCCCAGUUUGGUGGUUUACAGGUGAACACUCGCUGUCUUCAGAUCUGUACAGAGCUUCAGAGCUCCUCUGUGUGUCAGUCUGAAUACACUCAGCCUAUGGAUCCUGGUUCUUUGGUUUCACAGGCUCUCAGACCAGCACAGAGUCCCUCCUUCAGCCUCAUCUGUACCCACUAACUGUUCGCUCUAAACCGCCGUCAUCUCUGAGGAGAGCUUCAUCCUAACAGAUCUUAUCUCUGCUCUGAAAACCUCGGUGUCUAAUCAGGAGCAGGGAGAUGGGCUCAGAUAAAGAUGAUGAUGAUGAUGAUGAUGUGGGUUUGGCACCAGGUGAAGAACUGAAUUAAAAUCUUGUUUGACAUCGUGUGACAGUUUUCUACUUCUGCAGGAAUUUAAAAACAGUCCAGACAAACACAACCUAGAAGCUGCAUGAAGUAUCCAAAUAUCCAAGUACUACACACUACAGCCGAUACUACAGCGGGUACUACAGCGGAUACUCACCAUAACCAGCUGUGGAAGCAGAAGAAAUCACUGCUUCCACUCACUGAUACUCAUGAUUUCAUAAAGCUGGAUUACUGUGAACAGAUAAUUUACAACAACAGUCAUCAACAAACUGUUACUGUGUGAACACUACCUCUCCACCUCUCAGUCAUAAAGUCUGAAGGUCCUUACACACCGGGCGAGAAUUCGCCAGGCGAAUUAUUCGCCUUUUUUUAAAACAGCAUAAAGUCAAUGCAAGCUUCCACACCGGCGGCCAUUUUUCCGCGGGGUGAAAAGACGCUUUUAUUUUUUCGCUCCUGUGUCGAAUUUUUCGGAUAUUCGCAGGCGAAUAUCUGGACCUGCUAGACCUCUGGCCAAUCAAAAGUCAUGUUGUUGAUGACGUCACAGACCCAUACGGCUGGAGGAGAGGGAGAAGUUUGAGAUUAUGAAAACGCAGACAAAGACAGCUGAGGUGCAUCCAAAACUCUUUCUAAUUACAAAUGAAGUAGUUUUCUCACAAGAUGACACUCUCUUGUCUUCCACCUCGCAUCUCCUCUCCUCCGUGCCGCAAAGCGACUUUAUUAAUUCGCUUUGCAAAAAAUAUACGCAUAUUCGCUUCGCGGCCGGUGUGUAUAGGCGAAAGAGAUUUUUCGGACCGGUGAAUAUUCGCAAUUUUCGUCUUGCAUUUUCGCUUCGCUCCGCAAAUUCGCCGGUGUGUAAGGACCUUGAGGUUGAUGUAACGACACGGAGACAGCUGACUUAUUAAAGUCUCAUGAUACACUGUCGUGAUCAAUAGUCAAAUGAUAACUGAUCAGUCAAUAUGGAAACAAUUCAUCACAAUUAUUUAGACGUAAAUGUUUGUGUUUUUGAUCAGAUAGAAGAGUUUCAACGACGAGCUGUCCAGGCAGCUGCAGACGGCGCUCGCUGACGUUCGCUGACGUUCGCUGGUGUUUACUGCCGCUAGUCACUAACAAUCCAACAUGGUGGAUCCUAUUUGAAGCUAGCGCAGGAUCUUCUGCCGGCCGGCUUCUUGCUCUGACAGAGGGGGUGUGUCGUGGGGAGGGCGAUACAGGUUCAGGGGGCGGAGUUAUCGUGGAGCUCAGAGGGGAGAGGUUUGUGUGUGUGUGUGUGUGUGUGUGUGUGUGUGUGUGUGUGUGUGUGUGUGUGUGUGUGUGUGAGGGGCCGGGACAGCUCAGUUUUUCUCCUCAGAUUGUCACCCAGACCAGGUGGACGUCGUCUCUUUAAAAACGUUUAAAUAUCAACAUUUCUUCAGACUUUAGUCACAGCUGAGGCUGACAGGAACCAAAGUACUUCAGUAAUAAAGUUCUUCUUUGAGUACCUGUACCUCAUGUGAAACUUUGACUUCAGUACAUCUGAAGGGUAAAUAUUAGACCUUUGACUCCUCAGGGUUUCCGUAAAUGUUUCUACUACUUCUUCUGUUCUUGCUGCGGUUUUUCGUUGUUUCUGUGAUGUUUUCGGAGAAGACUCGAAUCAGCUUGAAAACUUUGAGUUUUGAUCUUCUAAGUUAUUUCAUUGAAACGACAUCAAAAUAAAUUCAUUCAGAUUCCACCGCUGAGUUUCUUUCUGUCUUCUGGUCCCAAAGACGUUAAACUCUGUUUGUGCAGUUCUGCUCGUGGUUCUUCUAAAAGCUGUUUCUGAACCUUUAUGUGAAGUUUGUAGAAAAACCACCUGACCACCUGACCACCUGACCACCUGACCACCUGACUGAAGCCCCUGUUUGGGUUUUUCAGUGAAUAAUAAUGAUGGUUUCAAACGUUUGCACUAAUGAUUGUUUAUGAGCUUCAUCAGAGUCAGAAAAACUUUACUCUCCAGUUUGAGAAAGUUUUUCUUCUGUUUUUAUUUCUAUAUUUAAAAAUCAUCUUUAGGAUAAAACUUUAAAAAAGUCAAUAACAUUAAGAAUAAAGACAGUGUAGGAGCAGAACACAUAUUUAUGACUGAGAGUGAAAAAGUCCGUACAUGGAUUAUGUUCCUCAUCCUGUGUUAGCAGUAUGAGCUAACAGAGUAGCUGUCGGUCCACAGAGUUUCUGUUCAGGAGCGACACGCCAACGGGAGCUGAAACUCAGUGUGUGAAGGAGGAGGAGGAGGACAGUAAUGACAUAAAACUAACGCUGCAGCGUUCAGGAGUUCAGGUCUGAGAGUCUGAGGUGAGACAACAACACAUGAAGUGACCUCUGAACUUCUGCCUCUCAGUGGUCAGUUACCAGGAGAUGUUCAUGGUCAGGUCUGUUCUGACAAAUCCAUCAACAAAUGGACCGUGGCUGAAUUUACCAUCAGGUGACUCCAUGGUCAGACAGUUGUACGACGGUUCUGUCCUCAUGUUGAGAAACGUUUGUGUGGAAAACAGAGAGUGAGGGUGGAGGAACACCGCCCGGCACACUGAGACCUUCGAGAUGAUCGAUCACCAGGUUGGAGAUUUUUGCCCUCUCUGGAUGAAAUCCCAGAAUUCACAGGGUGAAGUUCCUGCUCGGUUUCCUGAAGUUUCAUCUUGACAAAGUUUUAAAAACUGGACAGAAUAAAAACCUGUUUUGUUAUUAAUACAGAGACGUGUGAUUGGAGCUCUUACUGCGAUGAAAGGACCUCUUCACCUCUGCCUGAUCAAAUCUCCGUGUUUAUUAAAGGUUCUGCAGGUUCACGGUCCGAGCUGAGGACCUUUAAAUUUCUCCUGUUUCUUCUGUUCAUCUGCAGCUGUUUUCACACUGAGGUUACUCACAGUUUUAAUAAUUUACAAACUGAUAGUUUUUAUCUCUGUUUCUGCUUCAGGAUCCGUCAGUUUUAUUAUGAAUCUUCGGUUUCUUCUCGUCUUCUUCGUGUCAGUGUGUCUAACGUUGUCGUGACUGUCUUCAUCUGCAGCAUACUUGAGGGAUUAAGGGAGGAUGAAAUUCACUCACCCGGGAGGGAGGAGGUGAGAGGGGGUGAGGGAGUACAGCACUUCAUUUAUGGUGGCGUUAGAUCCCUAAUGAAACCUGAGGUCGCUCUGAGCACCAACGUUGAGUUUCUGUCUCACUAACACCACGACAUGAAGAUUUAGUUCUGGACGGUUCUGAAACCUGCUUCUACCUUUCCACAGGUGUAGGGGGCGCUGCUCUCAGUACUUCAGAGUAUUUAUUUCUGUCACUUUGUCUUUGUUGGAGAACUUUAGUGUCAUGAAAACCGUUCAUGAAGACGGUGUUUCCUCUAAGGCCCCUGAUAACUUCAUGACUGCAUGUUCCUGUGGUUGGACCUCAGGUGUCGGGCAGCACAGCGGCACUUUUCAUCAGAAGGAUCUGAUGACUGUCAGCCUUCGUAGUUCUUCGUCCAGGGUACUCUUGUCUCUGUGCACGGCUGCAGAGCUGCACAUGUGUCUCACUUGGAUUAACGUCCGCGUGUUUAUCAAGAACACCUGCAGAAAUAUCAGCUGAUGUGAGUGCACUUAUUGGAGUCUUUGGAUUUAUGGAAGCAACAGAGGACCACAGGAGAGGAGGAAAACAAGAGACACCAGGAUGAGAUGAAAGAGGAUAAAUAAUCCCUUUAGUCACCGUCAGGUCUGAUUCUGCCAGAGCAGUAAAGGGAGGAUGUUUUACACACCGUACACCAAAAUCUGACAUAUUGAACAUUUCCAGUGUUCCAAACUAACCGCUGCUUUGGUCAGUUUGGUAAAUCACUUCUUGAGUUUUAGCACCUUCCACAUUCACUUUCAUGAGUCUACAGUCAAGUGUUCCCAUAUUCCAGUCCCUCUUACUGGGAUCCACACGUUUUUUACAGAUCUCCAAACAAGGGCAAGAAUGCUCGGUGCCUACAGCCGUCUGAUUAUCCAAUAAAUGAACCCCAUUUUUGGAUAUAUCACCAGCAAAGCGCUUUUCCACCUCAGUUCACUCAGCUCUCCAAUUCAGGCCUCAUCCCCGUCCUCCUUUAAUCACAGUUGGAUUUUAAACCCGGUUCUGAUGAUAGUCCAGAGGUGAUUAUCUGUUCUGUCUGUUCAGCUGUUCAAAAACACGAGAUUCUGUCACUUUGACCCUGAAACCAGUUUGAUCCUGUGGGCUAAUAAACGGUUACCUCACUGUUAUUCCCUCAUCUACAGUAGCUGCACACACACACACACACACACACACGUAGAUAAUGAUUGGUUGUUGAGGAGGAGUGUAUAUGUACCUGCUAAUUAACAUACAGACUGUCUGUGGGACUUAAUCAUCUGUGUGGAUACCACACACAGACACAGACACACACAGACACUCACACACACACACACACACACACACACACACACACACACACAGACACACACACACACACAGACACACACACAGACACAGACACUUGUGUAAAAGUCGCACACUCAGAUUACACAAACAGAACACCUAUUUUGAAAAUACAGAACUGUUUCCAUGGUGAUGGUGUCGGUACACUCUUAAUGAUCACAAAAGGGAUGUGUGUGUGUGUGUGUGUGUGUGUGUGUGUGUGUGUGUGUGUGUGUGUUUCAGUGCAUGUGAACAGUCUUGUCUGUUGUUGUCGUUGACUUGAACAUCUCUAUGAUCACACAUCUGUAGUUAUGAGAAGAAGUCGUUUCUGUCGUCUGAAGUUCUCGUGUCUUUGUUGAACGUUCUGGUGGAUUAAAGUCUUCGGGGACUUUAUCCUCUGAUCCCACGAUGACUCAAAAAGAUUUAAACUUUCAUUCUUUCAUAGAAGAAAAUGUUUAUGUGUCAAAUAUUAAUAAGCAGAAUAAAUUAAACAAAAAGGAGUUUUUAAGAAAGCAUGCAUGCAGAAGUUGCUGUACCUGUCGGCCAUAUCAUUAACAUUAAUUAACAUUAAUUAACAUUAAUUAACAUUAAUUAACAUCAUGUAUUUAAGUCCUGAGAAAUUAAUCCUUCCAGCUGCAGCGUUUCUGUGGUUCCAACAGCUCUCCACGAGGCGGAUCUUCAGCUUUAGGAACUUGAUGUUGAUAGUUUUUAAGUUUAAGUUUUUAACAUGCCUGUGAAACGUGAGACAAACUCCAAUAACCAGGAUCAUCAUCAUCAUCAUCAUCAUCAUCAUCAUCAUCAUCAUCAUCCUCCUCUGUUCCUCACGGCUCUGUGUGAAUUCUCUGUCUUUAUCAUAUCAGCCUGUUUGUUGAGGAGGUCUCGCUCCUGUUGUCAGAACUGUUGGAAAUAUUCAGACCUGAUAAACAUGACCUGUUUUACUCAAACUCUGACUUUUACCCUCUUUGGUAAUAUAAUAGGGAUGUUUUCUAUCCAGAUCAGCUUCAUCUGGUAUUCUCUUUUUGUGCUGACACCGACUGUGGCUGAAGUGGUGAAGCUCCUCACUGAUGCAGAAUCCUCAGAAGUUAUAUCAGCAGGAGGAUCUAGACAGUCUGACAUCUGGUUUACCAAAAUCAACUCAGCCUGGAGUUCAACUGUAUAAGAGUGUCUGUGAAGACACGUCCAACUCUGUGAGGACCACACAGAGAAAAUACUGAGUCUGAUGUCCGAGCUGAGAUGUCUCUGGGAAACGUGGUGAUCUGUUGUCUCUCACACGUCUAUUUAAGGAGAAACAUCUUCACCACAGAGUUGUCAGGAAAAGCAGCCGCAGACAGAAAACUGUAUUUGGUUUGUAGCUGCAGAAACUUGCAGGCAUGUUUGUUUUUCUGUGUGAUUAAGUGAAUUUUGUGUGUGUGGGAAUUUUCAGUCUUCAUGUUGUAAGGAUGAUUUCUUUUUUUUUAUUCUAGGGCGGUGGGCAGUCCGUUGGUGAUGGAUCCCAACAGUAUCUGCAGGAAGGCGAAGCGUCUGGCGGGGAAGCAGGCCGAGCUGUGCCAGACUCAGCCGGAGAUCGUCAGUGAGGUGGCCAAAGGAGCCAGGCUGGGGGUCAGGGAGUGCCAGUACCAGUUCAGGUAUCGGCGGUGGAACUGCACCAGUCACAACAAAUACUUUGGAAAAAUACUGCAACAAGGUGAGUUUGGAGGUUCUCGUUGGUGUUUUUUAGUAAUAUUUUAGUUUUGUCAGUAAAAGCAUCUUCUGCCUUCCUUUCCUCAGCUCUCCCUAAAUGUGAGCUAGAUGUGUUCGUGGCGUAGCGUUGUCUGAUGGCGUAGCGUUGUCUGACAUCUGUAAGCACCUCCAAAAGUGAACAUUUUGGCACAGAUUUCAUGAAUUGCGUUGAAUUCAAACAGACUGAAAAUGUGGAUCUUCAGAGACCACGUUCACAGUCUGGCUCAGGUUCUGGAUCCUGUGGCACCAAUAAAUAUUUUGGUAACGUAUUUGAUUUUAAGAAUCACAGCAGGCUGGACUGACAGGCAGGUACACUGGCACCACUUCGAGGAGGUCAAAGGUUGGUUGAGUCAGCAUGACUAAUAUGGCGACUGCUGCUUACAGGCUUAUGAGGGAAAUCACAAACGUUACAUCCAGUUAUUAUUCAGUCAAAGUUUGAUCUAAACAGAAAAGUGUAAAAAGUAAUCAGGCCGAUGUUUGACUUUUGGUCAUUUUAACACAUUUACUGGAUAAAUGUUAAAAUAGUUUAAUAAAUAAAAGAGCCUUUGGUGGAAAACAUGAAACACUGAGAGUUUCAAUCAUGUGACCGUAAUGAUGUCGCAGUAGAGAAGCUCGGACCAGUCUGCUUUAAGGACCAAUGAAGACACGGCUCCAUGUUCUCGUUCUGAACCGGUCCGUGAAGCUCAGCUGUGUCCGUACUGGAUUUACAUUUUACUCACAGAUUCAAGGCUGAGGCAGGUUUUUACUGACGGAGCUCCUCUGCCUGGAGAUGGCGCUGUGCAGAGGGUGAUGGGGAUUGUCCUGGAUGGAAAGGAACCUGGCAGGAGUUCUCUGGAGCUUUGUCAGGAAAUACAGUUGUCUCUGCCCCUUCCUGUGCAGGACGUCUGAGUUUAGUGACCAGUCCAGCCUCUCGUCCAGAUGCAGUCCCAGGUCUUUGUGGGUCCCGGUAAACUCCACCAGGACACCAUGGAUGGUCACAGGCUGGUGGAGGGGCCUGGGCCUCCUGAAGUCGACCACCAUCUCUUUGGUUCUGGAGGCGUUGAUGUUCAGGACUGACACCAGGUGACAAAGUCAUGGAUGAGGUUCCUGUACUCUUCCUCCUGACCAUCCCUGAUACACGCCACCAUCACCGUGUCAUCUGAGAACUUCUGCGUGUGGCACAGCGCUGAGUUGUUCCUGAAGUCCGAUGAGUUUAGGAUGAACAGGACAGGAGAGAGCACGGUCCCCUGUGGAGCUCCGGAGACCUCCAGCCGGACAUACUGGGGUCUAUCAGUCAGAUCGUCCGUAAACCACGCUACAAGGUUUUAAUCCACACCCGUGUCAGUGAGCCUGUCUCUCAGGAUCAGGGGUUAGAAGGUGCUGAUGGGCUGAAAGAAUCAGAGAACAUGAUUCUCACUGCUGUCCCGGUGGGAGAGAGACUGGUACCCUCCUCCUGAUACGGGAACUGGAGGGGGUCCAGUGCAGGCGGACUUGUGGCCUCAGAUGGUGCAGCAGGAGUCGCUCCAGCGUCUUCAUCACAUGUGAGGUCAGGGUAACUGGUCUGAAGACGUUGAGCUCCUCUGGGUGAGGUUUCUUUGGGACUGGGACGAUGCAGGACAUCUUCCACCUGUGAGGAACCUUCUGAGAGCUCAACAUGAUGUUCUCCUUUGUUUAGCAGAUACUUCACAGUUACUUUGUCGACUCUUUAAACCGGUGUGUUCUCCAGAGUUUCCUGGAGUAUGGUUUCAUAGAUUUCUGCUGCUGGGGUCACCUUAAUCUUUGAGGAUCUGUCAGACCCUUCAGACCCCUCAAAAGCCUGGAACAGGGUUUGAAUCCUUGUCCCAUUUCUGAGGACUUCAGGCUCUGAACCCAUGACCUCAUGAGUACAGCUGGUGGCCUCGCAUCAACUCGAGGCCAGACCCUGGUCUAAUGGCACCGCAGCAGACAAGGGCAGCUGUUGUACUUCAGCGCAGACGUCUUCACAGUCGACUGCCUCUCCUCUUCAUCAGAUCGGACACGCUUGAACUCAUCAGUGAAAAUUGCCUUUUCCCUGAACAUCUCUCUGAAGAUCUCUGAAGAUCUCCCUCCAGCUCUUUGAAGUUGGGUCAGAGCUCGAUCCUCUUAAAUUACUGUGUUGGUUUUUCUCUCUAUCAUUAGAUUUAUAGAGGGCUGCCUGUCUCUCUCUCUCUCACUGCUGUUACUGAGGGCCUUUGUGUCAGUGUUGAGUCAACAAACUGGGAGGAACCACGACGACAACAACAACAACAUCAUGUCUCUCAUACUCUCAGGAUCUGUACGCUGAUGUUUCACACACCUGCUGUUGACUUCACAUUAAAACAGCACCUGGAAAUUUAAUCGUUUAUUUUCUAUGAUGUUACAGUUAUUGAUUAACUGUUAUUUGCAUCUCCAGUAAUUUCUACAGUAUUGCUGAAAGUCUGUUGUCUGAACCAAACGCUCAGCGGUCUGAACCCACCGAUCGAAUCAGUCACUCGUUUGGUAAAACCACCUUUCACUUGGUUAGACACAACAUGCAAACUCACUCUCACCUGCAAAAACACGUUGGGCCUGAUUUACUGAAGGACUGCGUUUAUAUAAUCACUUACAGACUUGAUAGUGGGCGCAAAGAUGAUCUACUAACUGGGUGCACCAGGAACUGUGUCUGUCAAAAGAGCAAAAAAACACAAUCUAGUUAUUAAAACAUGAAAAUACUGGGAGAAGAAUUUGCAAAUGGAGUCAUUGAGCACCUGCAUGUCCACAUAUCUGGAGAGAAACAGUAAAAUAAAUGUCAUUUUUAAGGGCUGCUUUAGAGCCAGAGACCAAGAGGAGCCAUGACAUAUCUCAAACUGCAUUUUCCUGCGUCUGGAUCAUUCCAGCGCUCCACCGCAGUUAUUGCCGGCGUCUCCCAGAGUCGUUUUUCUGGUGUGCUGCCCCAAGUGGUGAACGCUGUGUAACACAGGAUGGAAGAGUAUAUCCAGUUCUCACGCACUAAACACGCAGGAAAUGACACUAAACACGUCUUUAUGCAGUUUCUGGGUACGACUCUGUGACUUCAAACCUCAUUUUUUAGUUUACAGUCUCUCUGCUCUCACAAACUCUCCAUGACCACAGCUGGUAGCACACGCAAUCAUAGUAGAUCACUGCAACAAGCACACUAAUAACACAUGCAUUUUUUGGUUUGCACACAUAGUUGAGAACUUGUUAUUGAGGAUCUUAGUAGAUCAGCCUCUUGGUGUUUUCUCUGACUGAGAGUUCAGAGACAUGAAGAUACAGCAGCAGGAAAGGGGCAAGAAUCUACUGGUAGAAGACAGAGCAGCAAUUAAUCAUGAAUUCUUUCCUGUCUAUAAAGAAAGUCAAAGUACUCGUGUGUUUAGGAGCUUUGGUCCACAAUAACACAGCUCUGACUGUUUAACACAAGGACACAUGAAACACAGAAUCAAAGUGUUUUAGUUUGUUUGGUUUUAGUUUAGUUUGGUUUGUUUUUGUUCACACAGGGCCUGAUCGACUAAAGGUUUGUGUUUAUAAAAACACCUGAAAACUUGACCUACUAACCGGGUUCACCGGGAAAUGCUUCUCUCAAAGGAGAGAGAAUAGGAUGUGUCUAUUUAGCGUGAAUAUACAGAAUGUACGCAGAUCAUCAGAACGUCAAAAUACUGGGAGGAGGAGGAGAUGCAAAUAUUCAUAUUUAGCAGUGACGUGUCCUUCAGCGUUGAGGCUUCAGAGCGUGUCGAGUAAUCCCCUAAAAUUUCUGUAUCGAAGCUCGUGAUGAUGACGUAUGUGGUGAUGUCACGAGCUGGUCGUACCACAUGACCGGUUUGGUGGAUGAUUGUAAAUAUAAGGGGUAGCUAAAUGCAGUGAAGUAGACUGACUGUCAAACAGUGAUUGUUUUUAGAUCGAUAAUAAUAAACGUUCACAUGUUUCAUGUCGUCUCUGGUAACAAAACCAAGUAACAGAAGUUGAUUCAGAUCUUAACCCUCUCCAUAAUUACGCCCUCUGCUGCUGAGUCGUAUAAAUGACACCGUCUUAGUUCAUGAUGUCAUUAAGGAGACGCCUUAAUCCAAAGAGACGCACUUUCGACAACAACUGAGCUCUUCUCGCAGAGAGUCGAAUGUCUUUCCACAGGAUGCUUCAGCACACGGGCGACCUCCUGUAGAAUCGACCCGCUGACCUGCUGACCCCGCCCACUGGGAGGUGACUGACUCUGAUAACUGAGGCACCGCUGCACUUGAUCCUUUCCACCAUCAUUUCUGUGUUCCAAUCACAAACACACACCAUCACAUCCAUUCAAAGCUUCGCACACCGAAUUCUCCGGGGGUCUUUGAAAAUCACGCCGCCUGUUUUACAUUCAUGGUCCACUUGAUGGCGCAGGUGAGCAGAUGAAGCAGCAUGAAGCUUCAGCGCUUCACGAUGCUUCAUCUCACCAUCACUAAUACUUCGCUCCAUGUGACCUGGUCGUGGUCGGUGGUUCUGGGUCUGUAGUUUUGAGAGGCAGGUGAAAAGUGAUGAAGCGUCACACAGAGACAGCUGUGGUCAUCGUAGUGAGAGGGAGGAAUAUCUGCACUGACAGACGACAGAGAGAGAGAAUCUUCUGUGAACUUAUUUAGACUGUCAGAAAUAAAAACAGUAGAGACGUAUCGUCUGUCCAGUCAUGUCAUUUCUGAGCUGCUGGAGGACCUCAGCGCUGAUCUCUGACGCUCCCCCUCCUCCUCCUGUUGUUUUUUAUUUAGGGAAAGUUUCUCUUUGUUCUUCUGCAGAGAUCUUUUUAUUUCAUCACCAGAUCAUCUGGUUUUCCUCACAGCAUUCACCUUUUCACAGACGGCCUCUCCAAUCACGUUUCUUCUGACAACACUGAGAUGUUUCAACAUUCGACCUCUCAUCAAGUGUGUGCAAUUAUAAAUAAAUAAACCUUCACAGGUCUGGUCAUGUUUUCUACCUCACUCUCUGUCCUCGAUUAAACAAUCUUUUAUUUUGAUGAUGUUUCAAGAACAAACAGAGACGUUCACAGCCAGACUUUUUUUAAAUACAUAUUCAGUCAGUCGGUAAAUUUCAAACUGAUUUCUUCUUCUACUCUCUCUCUCUCUCUACAGGUGCUUACACCUGAGAGGAACUCUAAUGAAAGAACGUUUCUGUAAAUCGAUGUGUCAGAAAUGAACCGAUCCAGAACAGGGUUGAUGUUGGUGAAACACAGCGGACUAAAGAGGCAGGAAUAUUUCACUCAGUCUGACUCUCUCUGAUGAACGAUCAUCUGUUACCGAGUUCAUUUGGACCUGAUCAGACUGAAUAAUCAAAGUGAAUAAUUGUACCUGGUUAUAUUUGACCCGUCCCUCAUCAGUGAGAGGUCUGCUCAGUUCUGUGAUCCUGAACAUGGAAACACAGAUAUUACAGAAAGUUUUACAGGUGAAAGAACCUUAACCCUCUAAACUGGAUCAACAGAACUUUGGUUCCAGUCCGAGUUCGGACAAUAAAACCCUCCAAAUACAGAACUCUGCUGUCCCACUGGGACAUGAAACAAACUUAAUGACGGUCAAAUCUGUCAGACAUCCUGAGACAUGAGCUCAAACCUCGUCUGACAUGAGUCUGAAGUUUGGUGUUUGUUUCUCGUCUGUUUGUGAUUUUGUGUUUUCGGUAAAAUCCUCUGAUUCUGUUGAUGAGGACUUUGUUAGAUCCUGGUCUCCUCUGUGGGUCUGUGUGUUGAUGCCAUAAGCUGAUGGAGGUAGGAUGACUGUGGUGACGAAAAGACUUUGUUACGACAGGAAAAACAGUAUUUGUGCGACCAUGAGGGACACUUUUGAGUUAUUCCAGGUUUGUUUGUAAUCUUGGUUUCUGAAAAUAGAUCCUCAUUUGUCUUCGUCGGUCUGUGUUGUUGCUUGUUCUGCGGUUGUCCUCUCUGUUUCUCAGAGUCUGACCUGCAGAGUCAGAGCGUGGAUUUGUGACGUAUGAAAUCUCUCUGCGUCUCUGCGGUUUGGGUCUGUUAGAGGUUUACAGGUUUGAGGGCAGAAAUACUCAGAAAUGAAACUUCAGGCUUAUUUUUCUCUCAUGAGAUGUCCUGAAACAUCAGAAAACUGCCAAAUGAACAUGCAGACAAGAACAGAAACAUGAUUUUAAAUCGGAGUGGGUCUUUCAGUGGAUCCAACAUCAGUCCAUGGACUCACACAGCAGGGGGCUGUAGGAGUUCUGACCUGAGUCCAGUAUAUUUGAGUGAAAAGGCUGAAACCUGUAAACAGUAAACGUCCCACAGACAGGCAGACCUGACUGUAAAGGUACUGAGAGCAGAUUCACUGAUCGGUUUGAUUGAUGGAGGGACUUCAUCUCUCUGCACCCUGAUCUUCACACUGAACCCCUCUUUGGUCUGAUGGUCCUGAUGUGGUUUCACCAAAUCCCACCUGGACCAUGAUGAACAGAUUGAGCAGCAGUUAAGUUUAUCUUGGUCUCCAGCUCAGACAGCCCACCGUCCUCAUGUAUGAGUCCCUAAAAGUCAGAGUAUUAAAGGAAUAUGUGCUAAUUCCUGCAGAAGGCUCUUGAUGGAAUUAGAAGCAGACAUGGACAGGCCCAGACACCCACCAUGUUUGGAAUUCAUGUCUCCGAGGAGAGGAAAAUAUGAAACAGGGAGCCUGAAAUCAUCGGAUUUCUGAGAGAUUCUGUUACUCCCAACAAAACACGGUUUUCUCUUCUCUCCUCACCGUCAUUUUCAUGACCUCUGACUGUUGUCUGGACCUUCUCUCAGCAUGAACCAGGUGAAGUUUAAUCAUAAUCUCAGCAAACACUAAAGUCAGGUCUUUAUUGGAGCACCUGAGGGUCUGUGAACAGGAACGAUCACGAUUCUGAUUCUAAUGAGUUCCUGCAGAUAUUUGGGGUUUCUAAGUAGAUCCAGACAUGUUUUCACAAUGACACAUCUCCAUGUCAGAAAUCUUCUGAACAGUGAGCAGUGAGAGGCGUGGUCUCAGUUCAGCACAGAUAAACAUGAACACAGACACCAUCAUGUUCAGUCCUACGUAGAUGUUCAGUCCUACGUAGAUGUUCAGUCCUACAUAGAUGUUCAGUCCCACAUAGAUGUUCAGUCCUACGUAGAUGUUCAGUGUAGUGAUCUAUAGGUGAUGGUAUCUACAGACAGUUCAGAUAAAACACUGAUGUCAGUUUAACAAAGACCACAGAGAGUUUUAAUGUCAAACACAUCGAAGAGAAACAUCUGACAAAAACAGUAAAAUGAUAAAAAUGAUUUAAAUCGACAAAAACAAACUUUACAAACUUACAUUAACGAGAAACACAGAUUAACCUGCAGCUGGUUCUGAUAUCACAGCGAGUGUGUGUGUGUGUGUGUGUGUGUGUGUGUGUGUGUGUGUGUGUGUGUGUGUUCUAAUGAAUCCCAUUGGUUUAAUCAUGCUAUGAUCUGUGGUUGUCAGUGUUGUCAGUGUUGUCUGAAUGCUCACCUGCCCCUCAAUCAAACCUCCUCUCUCUCUCCUCACUCACACACUUUUAUACUGACCCACACAGUCGCCUUUAUUUUCCUACGUCUUGCUCUUUCUAACUUCACUGAAGCUCCGUCCUGUUAAUCCUAACCAGGGUCCCUAUGAUCCGAACAGCUCACUGGUUUCUGGACAGAACCUUUGAAGGACCAAAGUUCAGCAGUAAGUGACUCAGUCUGACUAACCCUCUUCACACUGGAGCAGGAACUGAAUCAUCGUCUGUUUGUGACAGUGACUGAUCACAGCAGCUGAUCAGUAAAUAUCUGAUCCACACGUCCAUGACCCUCUUUAUUUCUGCUGACCUGGAGGUUCACACCAGACUGGAUGGUCUCAUGAAGUAGAACUGAUCCUGCAGGGUCCAAAAACACUUCAGUGCUGAAGUUCAUAAAGACACCAGUGUGUUUGAUUAUUAAUGAACAUAAAGAAAUCAGACUCUUUAAUACAUGCUGACAUGUCUGAUUAAUGAUCUGAUUUUCUGUCAUCUUUUUGUUCUAAAUAUAAAAAGAUUCAGAUUUCUCUGUUCAGUUUAUAUCCUGUUAUAUUCUAGAUUAUGAUGAAUUUCUAUCUUUAGUUUAUCUCUACACUAAACAACCUUAGGUCAUUAAAUAUCUGUUCAUUUAUUAUCAUUUUCAGGUUUUAGUUUUUUAACAUUUUUAUUUUUUAUCUCCAUGUUUCUAAAGGUCAGGCCAUCUGUGUGUGUGUGUGUGUGUGUGUGUGUGUGUGUGUGUGUGUGUGUGUGUGUGUGUGUGUGUGUGUGUGUGUGUGUGAGGGUUGUGUUUUUAUUGUUGUUACUGUUGUUUUCAGCCUCUGUGAGGACCUCUCGAUUGUAUUUUUGUUCCAUAAAGAUAAAGUUGAACGUGCUGAAUGUUGAAUGUUGAAUGUUGAAUCCUCUGAUUGAGAGGACGGUGAUAACGCUGCGUUCACCCGGAUAAAGAGGACUGAGGGUGAGAGUAACGCUGGAGCCUCCAGUGAGGACAGAUGAUCAAUUUGCAGUUGUGCUUUCACAUGCCUCCAGUCAGGAGUGUAAAGCCCUGAACCCCAAAUUAACCAGCAGCUGUGGUGUGUGUGUGUGUGUGUGUGUGUGUGUGUGUGUUCUCAGCAUCACAAAUCCAAUGAUGCCUGAGAUCAGAGUAAUGGAGCGGGACUGAGGACGCUGCUUUUAUCCUGGUCCAUGUCGCUGCUAUUGACCGAUCAGAUGGAGGGACAGUUGGCUGGAUGAGCGGAUGGAUGGAUGGAUGGAUGGAUGGAUUAGCUGAUGGAUGGAUGGAUGGAUGGAUGGAUGGAUGGAUGGAUGGAUGGAUGGAAACCAGCUUUCUCCAGUUGUUACUGAAGAGCUGAUUGAUGAGAUCUUGGUGAUGAUGAUCAGCACAGAUUUCACUGACAGAGUGAGUCAUAAUAAUGGGUGUGUGUGUGUGUGUGUGUGUGUGUAGUUUUUGUCUCCAUGGAAUAAUAAACCAGCUGAGGAGUGGAAAAAACACUGAAUACUUGUGUCUACCUGUGUGUGUGUGUGUGUGUAUGUCUUCAUUUCUUUCUUUCUUUCUUUUCUUUCUCUGUUUUUGUCCGUUAUGGUCCAGAUUCUUAACGCCGCUGCCGUUUCAGUUUCCUGUGAAAAAUAUACGUCAUCACUCGCUCCGCCACAGUCGCCAUGUUUCUUUUUGCGUGUUGUUGUCAGAAACGUUUUACUCUGACCUGCCCCCUGGUGGAUGUAACGUUAACAUACAUGGACACAUGGAAGUACGUGGGCAGGGAUGGAACCAUCGAUUGAAACGGACGCGUACAUUUUCAUACGUGUGGCGAGCAUCAGUGAGCCGGUAGCGUAACUUUAGGGCCUUCAGCUGUAAGCAGCAGCGUCUGUCAUAGAAAAGUGAUGCUGAUGUGGACGCGGGUCAGAGCGUGGCUGAUUGGACCGACCUGCAGGUGAGCGGCAGGUGAUGAUGUUUGGCAGGAGGCUGUCUUAGCUGUGGUCUCAGCAUUUCCUGUGUGGUAACAGCCGCCAUGUCACGAGGCGUUCCUGAGUCUGUCCACGUGUCCAUACCUCUGCCUGCUGUCAGUAUGAAUGAAACCAUUUUUGUUCCCAGAUAUUCGGGAGACGGCGUUCGUGUACGCCAUCACUGCAGCGGGUGUGACCCACGCCGUGACCCAGGCCUGCAGCAUGGGGGACCUCCUGCAGUGUGGGUGUGAGGCGACCAGGAACAGAGCCCCUCCGAGGCCGCCGUCAGCGUCCUCCUUCUCUGGAGACGGAGUCAAGUGGGAGUGGGGGGGCUGUGGAGACGAUGUGGAGUUUGGAUACGAGAAGUCGAAACAGUUCAUGGACGCCAAGAGGAGACGAGGCAAGAGCGACAUCAGGACGCUGGUCGACCUGCACAACAACGAGGCGGGGCGGCUGGUAAGACGACAGAAACACGAGUGUGACUGUGAGCGUGAGCGUGAGCGUGAGAGUGGACGUGGACGUGACUGUGACUGUGAGCGUGAGCGUAGACAUGACUGUGAGCGUGAGUGUGACUGUGAGCGUGAGUGUGAGUGUGACUGUGAGCGUGAGCGUGAGUGUGACUGUGAGCGUGAGCGUGAGUGUGACUGUGAGCGUGAGUGUGAGUGUGACUGUGAGCGUGAGCGUGAGUGUGACUGUGACCGUGGACGUGAGUGUGACUGUGAGCGUGAGUGUGACUGUGACCGUGGACGUGAGUGUGACUGUGAGCGUGAGUGUGAGUGUGACUGUGAGCGUGAGCGUGAGUGUGACUGUGAGCGUGAGCGUGAGUGUGACUGUGAGCGUGAGUGUGAGUGUGACUGUGAGCGUGAGCGUGAGUGUGACUGUGAGCGUGAGUGUGACUGUG